AUGAGUAAUGGAAGAAUGAAAGGGAAUAAGGUGGUAAAGUUCUUAAAACAACAGUUUCCUUGCAAUAGGGUUCUGGUCAAAAGAAUUUUUAAAUCCACCGUGCAUGCGACAGUUGCAUUCAUCUUUUGUUUAAUACCGAAAGUCAGGGAAAGACUCGGAAAUGAACCAGCAAUGCUUCCUUUGAUUGCUGUGAUUGUGCAUCCUGGCAGACGUGCAAGUGCUACUAUUCAAGGUGCGGUAAAUUGUAUCACCGGCCUGCUCUUUGGCUUGGCCUAUUCCCUUCUUGGACGGUUCAUUGCACAGAGAUGCUUGGGUAACAGUUGGAGCAUAUUAACAGAGCGCGAACAAUAUCAUUCACAUUAUCAGCGAUUCGAGUCAGCUUUGGCAAUUUUGGCAAUAUUCGAGAUGGCUAUGCUUUUCUUUCACGGCUGGAUGAGAUCAGUUUCGCACCAUUACUUUAGUAUAGUUUUCCCAUUGUUUCUGGUGGUUCACUUUGCGUUUAUGGCACCUCUAACCGAAUCCCCCGCUACAAUUGCGAAGGCCUUCAGCGUACCGUUUUACCUUGGAAUUGCUAUGUCAAUAUUCUGGAAUUUGUUGUUGUUCCCAGAAUUUGGAAGCACUUAUCUGGGCAAUGCAACCGUUGAUGCGCUUAAUGAAAUUCAUAAGUCUAUCGAUUCAGCAAUCGAAUUUUUCAUUUCUAUCGAUUCAAGCGAUCCAUCUCUUUUAAUGUAUAAUGUGGAGCCAAUUUCACUAGCAAAGUUACUUAAGCUCAAGGAAUCUAUUGACAGUAAAGUAUCGAACUGUACGUUGGUAUUGGAUGAGUGUAUCUAUGAGAUUUCGUACCCCUACGUUUCUCCGUCAGAGUUAAAGAACGUUAUUCAAAAUUUCAAGCAUCUUUGCAUGUACAUCAGUGCUCUGGUAAAUGCUUGUCAACUAGAAUUUAUUCUAUUAGGUCGUGAGAAACAUGGUAACAUUGAGCAUGAUUUGCUGAAGAUAGAAACGGAAAAGGAAAUGAGUCAUGCAGACUCUAAAAGAUUAUUGAAUGUUUUGAGAAGAAUGAAAGGUCCAAUUUAUCACCUUCACAAGACGCUCAGCAAAUCUAUUUACAUCAUCAAGGUAGCACUUGCCUACUCUCAUGAUGUAAACUUGAAGAACGUUCAGAUCCAGGAAAUUUUCUCAGAUGAAGUGUUUCCGUCUUACAAAUUGAAAAAGGAGAUACCGCAGAGUCUUGACUUCGAGCAGUAUAUUAAUGAAUUGGAAAAUGCUGUGAUUGAAUUCGAUCUAAAAUUCAGGGAGGAAAUGAUUCAUUUAGAUGAGAAUUUGUUAACUCCAAAGGAUGAAAUGUUUUUGCUAUCAUCGUUUUUGAUGAACUUCAAAGAGACCACUAAUUCAGUUGUUGCGAUCAUGAAAGAGACUAAAAACAUAUUUGAAAUCAGAAAGAAACAAGAGGCCAAAGGAUGGCUCAAGGGAAAAUCUCUUUGGUUCAAUUUUUUGCGCAAUUAUGAAGAUUUCAAAAAAUGGGUUGGAGGGACAUCACACUCCAGAAACAUAACAGAGAGUCAAAGUUUGAAUGGCGGUGUCAUAGAGAAUAACUAUCGUCCACCCGCUGAUAUGGCGGUCAUGAGGCCUCAUGCUGAAGAGGAAGAGGUCCUAUCUCAGCAGCGUGCUAAUUAUGUCAAUUUCGAACAUUCAGAACCCAACCUUCCACAAACUACCAAGUUCACCACGACCGACUCAGCGUUUGAUGUCUCAAGUUCGUCAACCAAGGAAAAAAAAUCAUAUGCAUUCAAAAAUCGACUCUCAUAUUGGCUAAUAAAAUCGUUGAUAUUCUGUGACUCCUUUUACAACCGAAAUAGAGAGCAUUUCCGAUUUGGAUUACAAGUGACCAUUGCUUUGAUGUUAGCCUCCUUUCCUAUGUUCAUUCCAAAAGCACGUCAAUGGUACAUAGAUAUUCGUGGUACAUGGGUUGGUUUCGUGUGUAUUUUAGCCAUGGAACCUUCUGUAGGGGGCACUUUUUGGGUAUUCUUUUUACGUGGGGUUGGUGUUGUCAUAGGUGCAGCGUGGGGCUACCUUUCUUACGUAGCGGGUGUUCAUCAGACAAAUCCAUAUUUGGAGACGGUGAUUACAAUAUUCGGAGCCGUACCGGGGUUCUACUUUCUUCUGGGAUCACCAUAUGUCAAGGCAGCAAUUAUCCAAAUCAUCAGCAUUUACAUUGUUAUGCUCGCUGCCAUUCUUCCUUCUAAUAACCAAGGGAGCAUUCUGGCGAAUUUUGGAAAAAGAUGUUUAGCCGUGGGUUACGGUGGUGGGAUAGCCGUCAUUGUCCAAGUAACUCUUUUUCCAAUUAAAGCUCGUGAUCAGCUUAAUGAAGAAAUUUCCUUCGUAGCUGGCUGUAUUUCCGAGAUGGAGAUGCUUGUCGCUUCGGGGCUUGAGGGACAAAGUCUUAAAUCAAGCUUGACCGAGGACAGAUACCAGCGGUCAAGCAGAAUAUCUCAGAGUGCAAAAUCUGCUCUGGUAAGAGCCACAGCAUAUAAGGGUCUAACGAGACAAGAGCCGAGAUUGAAAGGAGAGUACACCGAGCUAGAGAAUGUCUUCACUCAAAUUAUUUUUAUCCAAAGGCAAAUAAUUGAUAGAAUGGAUAAUAUUGUUCUGCUCAGAAAACAAUACGGUAGUGCAAUCAUUGAAGAGUUAAAUCAUCUAGUAUAUCCUUAUAGGAGACAGUUCGUCGCAUCGAUUGCGUGCCUAAUGAGAGCUGUUCAAGAGGCCAUAAUCAACAAGACACCACUUCCUCAAUUUGUUCCUAGUGCCAGAAUAGCUCAUCGAAGAUUGAUCAACAAAGUCCGGGAAACAUUGAAAGUUAGAUAUCGCUCUCAAAUAGGCAAUUUAAGGCCUAGAGAAAUGGUUGAUUUAUAUCAACAUGAUAACGCCUCAACCGAAGAAGGUGCAGAAUACGAAGGACUUUCUAUGGUUGCUAAAAGGCCCGCUAGAAAUUCUUUACCUCCCCAUGAGUACAUUUUGAAGGAAAAGUUUCUGAGCUGGAAUGCAUCAACUGCAGCGAUGGAAGAGGUUAUUGAAUAUAUCGAGGAACUAGUUGAACUUACAAAAAUUUUAGUUGGCGUUAACGAGUUCAAAUACGGUUUUCUGUCGAGACCUUUAUAUGAGGACUGGGCAGCGGAUGCCGUGGUUGGCUUUGAAGAUUUUGUUAAUAGGAAAAAGCAGGAUAAUCAGGCUAGAUACCCAUCACCCUACACACAUUCCCUCUCAUCUGCUAUUUCGGAGGGUGAUGAGAACUCUAGUGAUGCUGAGUUAGAACGAGAGGGACCUGUCGCAUUGAAUGCAGACGCUAGAUUUGAUCCUGACGGCAUUGAUUUAGCGCAUAUUGCUUCGCAUAAAAGCAAGAAUUCUUUUGAAGUUCAAAGUUUACCAAAGGGCUUUAGGAAGAGAGUUUAUUCAAUCGGCUCGCGUAUAGCUGCUGAGGAAAACUUGACCAAUAUCUCUAAGACGAGGACUUUAGGUGACACGGACGAUCAAGCUAUUCACGAUAACUCUGAUUCGGAUGAAGAACUGCCCUUAGCAUUGAAAAGAAUGAUUUCUAAGACUCGUUAG